GUCGAAUUCGGAGGUCAAGAUGGGCUUCGUGAGGGCGUGAGAUCGAUGGGUGAAUCAUGUAACACCUCGACAACACCAUCGCUGCACUGCGGCCUUCUGCAGAUCUGAUUGUUUGCUAAUUCGACACUCACUUCGCACGAGAGAAUCAAUCAUCCCCCAAUUUAUCAUUUCUAUCUCUCUCCAUUCAACAUCUAAGUGAAUUGUCAAAGCCUUUCUCCAGAAUCUCAUUUAUCUGUGGCUCAUACUACUCUCGUCAUUGAGCCUGUCUUCCUCAACUUUUCGUCCUAUCCUCGGCGUCCAAGAUUCCAUUGAGAGAUAUGGCCCAGAGUCAAGAAUCAGCCGCAAACACUGGCAUAUCAGCCCAAAGCCCUGAGCUAACUGUCGACGAAGCCGGUCUCAAUUCUACCGCUGCUAUGAACGCUUCUGAGGCGGCAGGACUUCCGCUGAGGCCUCGAGCCAACACCACCGCGUCCAACGACUCUCAUGAUUCACCCAACGUCGCUCAGCAACCUGGGACCGGCGCCGAGGACGGGAUUGGGAAUGAUCAAGGAGAUCAACCACAGGGCGACUACGGCGAGGUGUCCAAGUAUCCCCCCGCCGAGGUGGAGAAGAAGAAAAAGAGGAAGAAAGUCAGGCCACAGAGUAAACGUGGGAUUAACAAACCCACAGGUUUCGAAGAGUACUUUGCGGACCCGCCGCUGACGCCAGAACAAUAUGCCGAGGAGCAAGAAAUCUACCAUCCCGGUCUUCUCUUCGUGGACCGAAUCGCCACAGCCAUAGCACGCUUCGAGAGAACUCGCAAACUCACUUCACAGCGCGGCGAUGUCCUGCACAAGUAUCUCAUCUAUGGCGGCUUAGCAAGGAGCGCCAAUGUCUGCCAAGGGGGCCAAGACACCGAAGGCAUGGACAAGACGCAGAUCGCACUUAUACAGACACAGUUCUGGAUCAGCGAGGACAAGCGGGACCUGGGUACCGAGACCAGUGUGUAUGAGGUCGACUUUCUCGCCUGCGCCAAAGGCUUCCUGAGCCGCCGCGCGAAGGACUGCUUCGGCCUUGACACGGAGGACGAAGUCAACAUGGUUUGCACCACCCUGGAGAGAUUUCUGGACUACCUACUACAGCAUGAUGUCUGCCCCGAAUACAAGGAGGACAUACUAGCUGCGCGUGCGCUGUGCCGCCAAGCUGGACCUGAACUCUGGGACAUGGCCGAAGCGACACGCCGCCUACCGGGUGAGUUCAACGUGGCAUGCUCGACACUCUUCGGUGGCAGCUACUCACGCGACUACGACGGAGAAACAUGGUGGGGAAAUCCCGAUACUGAAGGGCCUGUCUUCGUAGGAUUGAAGCCCGAAGAGGCCCAGCAGAUUGUCAGGUUCGGAGUAGCUGGUGCCGCUUCGGAGGAGGUCUAUACCGCAUUUCUUACAGGUGUGCAGGACCACACACCGGUGAUGUUAGACGUGGUGAGUACGCAGGAACGCGCCGGCUUCGAAGUCAUCCGCAUCGAGCCCCCCACCAGGGAAUGUAAAAAGAUUUACACGACGCACUCUGAGCACUUCCGACCUGUCGGUCGUGUCUACGCCAAACCCUGGAAGAAUCCUGACGCCGCACCCGAGGAUCUCACGCCGUCUGAGCAAGCCGCGUCGUCCACAUCAUCCAGUCGGGAUGCCGAGACCGAGUAUGUCUUCUUCAUCGAAUCGAUCCUCCAGACGUGUCUACGCGUAGGCACCAAGGUCGAAGCCACCAUCCGGACACUGGGCUGCGGAAUCAUGUUCUUCGACCAGGUACUUAAUGUGUACCCUACGUUUGACGAGUUUCUGGUCAACGAGAUGAUGGUCGGAUGGAAGGAGCCCAGGCCGCUCAAGGGUUCGUUGGCUUAUGUCGCUGGGGAUGACAGUGAUGGGGAAGACGACGGCGGUGGUGACGAGGGUGGUAAUGUGGGAGCUGGGAACAAUGUGGCAGUUGCAGCGGACGAAACGGUGCCGUCGAAAUGAUGGCAACACAGCGUGUCCUUGACACGAAAUCGGAACACCACAGGACCUUAGCCUAUGAAAGCCGACGGGACCUCCCACCCACAUCCAGCACGAGCGGUAUACACUCGGCGAGGAAGAAUGGCCCGUCUCAACGCGAAUGGCACCUCCCAUAUACCACUUCAGAUCCCACCACUACCACCAUCGGGGAUCGUCCCAGUGAUGCCGCGAGCACACCGCUCUGGUUCAGAAAUCAGUCCAGAUCCAGCCAAGCAGCUUACACUACGGGUCGUUGCUCUAACUGUCAUCGACUAGGUACCUAUGGUACAUACGCACAAGCUCCAGCUCUCUUGACGUGACGACCACCUAGCAUUUGCCCCAGAGCACUCAACGAGUAGCCUGUGCAUGUCUCGUUAGGCAGUUGCAGCAAUCGACCUCCAAGUCCUCCAAUCUCGAGGCUAUUUAUUGUGUACCGCAGCUAGGAGAGGAUGGAGCAGGGCAAAUGAAUAAACCACUGAACCUACAGCCACUGGGUGAUGACUUCCUAUUUCUUUC